UCUCCAACCCGAAGUUAAAAGAUGGGAGCCAGCUCAUGACAGCAGCUGCAUGCAACGUGCGCUGCAGACUCGCUGGGCUCUAGCAGUUGUGUGCACAUUACGGCUUCGGCCGGUCCAACCACGAGAUCACUGCAGGGUAAAUCAAUGUCUAGAAAGUGUACUGGGGAUUACGUUUUGUUAUCCAAAAACUGCUCCUAUACAUCACAAAGUGCACUGGAUUUGCACAAGAUCUCAUUGUACAAAAGUUGGGUCUGAGAGAGAAUCUAUCUGAAGUUAGUGACAAGGUGCGUACUCUACAUUGAAAAGAAGCACAUUUGUAAUCACAGUGGAUAUUGCUUAGCUACAGAUUUUCUAAUAAUGACAGGUCACUUUAUAACAUCUUUAUGUCUGUUUGUCGUAUCUGUAACUCUGCUAGGAUUUCAGCUUGUUGCUCCCCAGUUGUCUGCUGAACACAGAAAGGUUCCACAGAGGAUAGAGGAGAAAGCUAAGAGUGCUGAAGAAAUAAAUAGUAUACCUGGAAUUUGGGGUAGCUGGGGCCCAUGGUCUGCCUGUUCUCGAACGUGUAGUGGUGGGGUGAUGGAACAAACAAGGCCUUGUCUUCCGGCUCACUACAGUGAAAGACCUCAUCAGCGACAGGGGCAGCAAUACUUGGCCUCUGAGAGGACCCAUAGUCACCAGUAUUCCUAUCAUCAAGAAGACUCAGUGAAUCCUUACCCAGGGCAUGCAGUUUCAACCAUCCGAACUUCAGUGGCACUACACAGAAACAGGGGAGAGCUAAGAGUAGGUCAUCAGUCUUCAGUUUCUAGGGGACACAAUGACACUGUCCCCAGUCAAGCACUGCUGAGAGGUAGCCAGCAGCCUCACUCUGAAGGUCAAAAACUGAAGGCAGAAAGAAGAAAUAAAACAAGAAACUCCAUUGUCCCAGGAAGGUACGGAUAUGGAAAGAUUCCCUAUACAACAAUACUGCAAACUGAUUCAGAACAGACAUCUAAGAAAAAACGGAGACAGCGCCAAUUAGGCAGACAUCAAGGCAACCAGAAUAUUAGAGGUCACCGUCAGCGUGGAUAUAAUCAACACAUAACACAUGUGUCUCACAGCCAUCAUCAGCUCCAAGGCAAUUCACAGAGAAUACCUUCAAGUCAACAUUUAAAUCUGUAUCAGAGCAGUCACAUUUCUGGACCUAGACAAUCACCACCAAGUUCCUCAGUUUAUCAGCAACCUUCAUCUAAUUCAAACACUGUUUCUGUAUCUGGAAUAAAUGUUGGUUUGGAUUCCUCAAGUCACAGUUCUGGAUCACAGCAGCCAAUGCCGGACUAUCGACAUGGUACUACAUCUAUUAGUUGUGUUGGAUCAUAUAAGCAGCAUAAACUUUGCAACUCAAAUCCUUGUCCAGAGAACAGUAGAAACAUUAGGGAAGUGCAGUGCUCAUCUUACAACAGCAAGCCUUUCAUGGGGCAGUAUUAUGAAUGGGAACCUUUCAAUGAAGUGGUGGGUCAUCAGAGUUGUGAACUGAAUUGCCGUGCUUUGGGAUACAGAUUUUAUGUGAGACAAGCUGACAAAGUGAUAGACGGCACACCAUGUGAAAAGAAUGGGACGGCCAUCUGUGUCUCAGGGAAAUGUAAGUUAGAUAACAGUUAA